AUGCCGUUUUCGCAUCCCUUGACAUUUGAUGUUGGGACGACUGGCCUCGAGCUGUGUGACUUGUUGCUGUCGAAUGCUGCCUCCGCGUUAAUUGAUACUGUUCUCUUGAAUGCUAAGACUACUAAUCACCCUUCGCCUAAUGGAGCUUGUGACGCCAGACAACAUGCACCUUUAGCUCACCUACUUGGGUGCACACCAACGAGCAGGAAGUGGUUAGAGCGCGAAUUUACUGACCGAAAUGUCCAUGGUUCAAACCCGAUUUCUGCCUCUCGAAUUUGUCCGUCUAGGCUUGGACGACCUGGCAGUAUCCCAGCCCUCGUGCCUCCUUCGGCUGGCAUAGCAGCUAGGUACCAAAAGGGUGCUACAGCUGAACGAUUUUUUUGUUUAAUCAAUCCCUCCAACCAAUGCUACUGCACGCUUCUUAGUCAUAUUUAUCUGUGGUAG